UCUCUCCUUCAUCCAGAUCUUUGGCGAUCUGUCUAUUAAUCUGUGGUGUCAGUUGUUGUCGCGGUGCGUGGCCGGAGUUUCUCGGGUCGAUUCAAAGGUGACGGAGGUGCGGUCGGCCGUCGAUGCUAUUUCGAGUUACGAGCGCGCAAAUGGCGCCAACGCGUGUAAUUCUGAUGUCGUGCGGCAGCUAUAAUCCACCGACGAAUAUGCAUUUGCGAAUGUUCGAAAUUGCUCGAGAUCAUUUGCACCGAAUGGGAACGCAUGUUGUUGUCGGUGGAGUAAUUUCUCCAGUGAAUGAUGCGUAUGCCAAGAAGGAACUGGCCAGUGCAACCCAUAGAUGCGCAAUGUUGCGAUUAGCAUUGCAGAAUAAUGACUGGAUUCGACUUAGCACAUGGGAGACUAGACAGAAUUGCUGGACCAAGACUCGCUUGUGCUUGCAACACCAUCAAAAUCUGCUCAAUUCCAUGCUGUGCAAUUCCAAUGAUAUCAAGCAUCAUUUGCAGAUGGAUGACACAGAAUGGAUUCCAGAGAAUGUGAAAAACAGUUCGGAUAAUACACCGAUACAAAUCAAAUUACUGUGCGGUGCAGAUCUUUUAGAAAGUUUUGGUAUUUGCGGACUUUGGCUCGAAGAAGAUGUGAGCUAUAUUGACGCUAUUGUUGGUGAACAUGGUCUUGUAGUUAUUACCAGAGAAGGUUGCAAUCCCAACAAGUUUAUUUAUGAUUCGGAUAUUCUCUCCAAGCAUAUGCACAAUAUCUGUAUUGUAACCGAAUGGAUUCCAAAUGAAGUUAGCUCAACAAGAAUUAGACGAGCUCUGAAGCGCAGCCAGAGCGUUAAGUAUCUGCUUCAAGAUUCAGUCAUCGAUUAUAUCUACAAGCAUGAAAUUUAUGAUGCGAGAACGCCAAAUACAACAAUUAAGUUGGAACUGCCAUCGCCGAACGCGAACAAUUAUCUGCACAUAGAUCCCCGAUAUCUAACCGCGUUCCUAACGCCGUCACCCAGCGAUGUGAUUAUGGACUCGCCGAGCCCGAUCGAGAUUGCCGCGUCCAUCGACGUGCCGGACGCGGUGGUGCUGCGCAAAAAUCUGCAGAACGCUGGCGGGCUCGACGAGAUUCGCGAGCACAUCAUUAACGCGAUCAGCAACAACGCCGGCAACGGUAACGUCAAGCAUGUAGCUAGAGCCGCGUAUCCCGGUCAGGCGAAACAGGUCAUCGCCAGCGAAACCGGCGUCAUGCGAAUCGUAGACGAGGUAGGUCCGCUUGACGAACCGAUGGCGAAGUUACAGUCCGAUCCUUCGUCCGAGGAAGCGCACAAAUCGAGAGUAGAUAGCGUCGCGUCGAAUUUCAGAUCUAAGGAUUCAGGUUCGAACGAGAUAAUAAUGCAGAUUCAAGCUAGCCAGUUGAGCUCCAGCGAACCGGUGUCGAUAGAAGAUUGUAAAUUAUUAAUAGAAAGCAUAGGCAGGGAUAAAAUUGAGAUUGGACAGAGAGAAGUGUCAGAUCAUUUGAGAUCCAAGACGGAAAUUGCUGUUGUAGACUUAGGUUUGAACGACGAUCGUCAGAUAAUAAUGAAGAUUCAGCCUAGUUCUAGUGAACUUCGGUUGGGAGAAUGUUGUUGGCCCACAAGAGAAAGUACUGAGGACGAUAAAGUUAAAAUUUGCGAUCGGAAAAUUACUUCUGAAAGGGAAAUAAUCAAUGUAGAGCUAGGAUUAGAUGAUAAGGGCACUUUUGUCCUAAAAGACAGACAUAGGUCGACCCUAGAUACGAUCGAUAGCGAAGUAGGUGCGGAUCGAUCUACUUUUAGCAAAUCGGAAAAGAGUUCUAGGUUGAAAGUUGACGUUAGCGGUAAAAAAAUCAAUACUGAACAAGAAACAGUGAAUAUAGAGUUAGAUUUAGUCGAUACCGAUAAUGUUGUGAAGGUUCAGCCUGUUCAUUCCAAUAGUAUCGUUGGAUUACAAGAAGAUCGUAAGCUAAUGAUAGAAAAACUUACGAACGAGCUUAAAAGUAAACUUGACGAGGACAGAAAUAAGGCUAAAGAAAAUCUACAGCUGGAUAAGGUAGGUAAAGAUGAUACAAAACUAAUCCAGCUUAAUUCCGAGAAGACGAAGGGGAAUAACAUUGAAAUCGACGACGCGGGAAUCGCUUCCGGAAAGGAAACAGCCAAUCUUGAAUUGGAUAAAGUCGAACAUCUUGAAGAUAAGGCGACCACUUCAUCACUAAAUAUCUCCGCAUCGUUAGAUGGUCGUCACGAAUGCGCACUCUCCGAUUUCAGCGUAGACAAGGAAGACUAUCGACUUAAUCAAUAUGGGUACAACGAAGAGGAAGGAGAGACGGAAGAAUCUAUAUAUAUCGCGAGAUCGAGUUUAAAAGGCGUUGAUGAUCAACGAGCAAACGAUAAUAAAACUAGUGCCAAAGAAAGCGAUGUUCAAACUUAUAGCAGUCAAAUAUUAAUCAAUACGAUGGUUCAUAAGAAUCGAGAAUCUGAAUAUUUCACAUCCGAAGAGAUUGAUAAUCAUGCGAGAUUUUCCGAAGAAUUAGACCGACCGAAGUUUAUCGUGGAAUGGUCUCAAACCGAGAGAGAAGUGGACGAGAAGGUUAGCCUUGAAAACGGAAAACGAUCCGAAGAAGUAUCCAAGGUCUCGCGAGAGAUCGAUAAGGUGAGCAGAACGGAAUCCGAGUUCGAUGCUUCGGAGAAACGAACAUCUUGCGACUCUAGUCUAGAAAUAGACGGGAAAUACCUUAAAUCGAUCGUGAACUCGCGCAAGAGUCCAAGGAAGGUCAGGGUAGGUCAAAUUCGUGACUUUGAGAUCACAGAGACUUAUACAUUCCUUGAUGAACCGGAGACUCUUGAAUCCGAAGAAUUGCAAAGUUCUUCCGCAAAAGCGAAGAAUUUCGAAAGAUUAGAGGAAAAAAUGUACGAUAUAGAUGCUGACGUAGAAGAAGAAGAAGAUAAGAUUGUUCAAAACCGAGAGACGUCUCGCGCGGACAAAGUCUUCCAAGGCUCUUCAAGAUCGACUUCCGUGAAGGAAAAGAGUUCUAGAAAACUCGAGCAAGUCAACGAAUUCAAGGAUCGAGAAACGUCUCGCGCGGAAAAAGUCUUCCAGGGUUCUUCAAGAUCGGCUUCGAUGAAAAGUUCGAGGAAAGCUGGAGAGUUUCAAAUCGACGAACGCGACAUCAAGGAUCGAGAUAAAUUCAUCGACGAUCAAGAAACAUCUCGAUCCGAGAAAUCUUCCCUAAAGUCUUCAAGGACAUCCGGCAGUACGAAGAAUUCGAAAAAGGGCAAGCAAAGCCAGGUAUUUUACAGAAGCGACGAAAUGAAAAAUUAUGAUCGGUCUAUCAACGAUCGUGUUAUUUCUCAACUGGAGACAGUCUUCCACGAUUCUUCGAAGAAACCUUCAACGAAGACGGAAAGUCUCAACAUGGAUCACGACAACUACGUCGAAUUGAAGAAGCCAACUCGACCUGCCAACAAUCGAGAAUUCUCUCGAGCCGAAGAAUUCUCCCAGAAGAAUCCUUCGAGAACGUCUUCCAUGAAGAGUCCAAAGAAGACUCAGGAACAAAAGACCGUAAAACUGAGCGACGAUAAAACUCAACAGGAAACGAUCAAAACGACGAAGGACGCCGAUAACAGGACGAAACGUGACUUCAACGAGAUCAAGGAUGUCUACACGAGAAAGGUGCGGCGUUACAACGUGCCUCUUCAGGGUAGCUUGGACUCGAUGAUCGUGUCCGAGGAAUCUGCCGCGCAAAAGCCGAAGAAGGACGACGCGUUUUCGAAGAAAUCCAAGAGCUACGAGUCUAUCAAACGUAUCCAGGAGGUGUUUCUUGGGGUCCCGUCGACGAAGACGAACAGUAGUGCUUCGCAGCUCGAUAUUCCAGACGAGUUUUGCUCGAUCUGCUGUUACAUGAACGAGAUCACCUUCCGCACGGAAGAGGAAGUGAGCAGCCCGAAUCAGGAAACGUUUUACACCCUGAGAUCGACCUGUAGCUCCUUAGCUGACGACGAUGAGGACAACGAUUCGAUCGAAUGCGACAUCUGCAGCUCGAUGAACCUCCAGGAGUCCGCCGAUGACCUUGAGGGAAAAAUUCAGGAGAUUCCCUGUGAACUCUGCAGAAUCUGCGGCGAAGUGGACGGCAGUUUCGAGCAGGAUUCCAUGCCGAUAGACAGAUACGCUUUCAAACUCGUGGAGCAGCAUCAGGACGACGAUGACAACUUCGAGAUCGAGAACUGUGGUUUUCAGAGCGGCACCGAAUCGGCUGACGAUCGAAGUAGGCUCUCGGAGAAGGAGAGGCUGAAAGAUUCCGGAAAGGCAAAGCCGCAGUCCUUAUUCAUUCACGAUUCCUCGAUGACGAGGGAUCAACCGCGAGAGUUAUAUUUUAUACCUAAGGACGAGAUUGCCAUAUUGACGAGCGGAGCCAGAAGAGUCAGCCGAAAGGGUUCCCUGUUCAGGAAGAAGGAAGAUGGAAACGCGCGGGAUAAGAGACGAUACUCUUCCGUGGACAGUCUUCAGUUGGCGAAGAUGUCUCCGAAGGCCGGCGACAAGGCGCUCAAGACCGCGAAGGAUCCUACGCUUAUCGGAUCCGCCGAUAAUUUGCAGAUGUCGAAGGACUCGAAGAGGUCCAAAUCCCUGCAGAGAUCGGCCGGUGAUGUGGACCGUCUGAGUUCGUCCACCGAUCAUUUAGACUCGACGAAAAAUCCGGAAAAGCCAGACAAAGCUGAAGGAUCAGCCGACAAGUCAAAUAUUCGAGAUAAAGAAGCGGUGAAGAUGAUUCUUACGCAACACGGAAUCAAGGUCAUCAGCGAGAAGGAGACUGCCUUAUAACUGGUUGAAUAUUCAUAAAUGGCUGGAUUUUACGAGUAGAUUGCUGGAAUAUAUAUUUCAAGCACUAAUUCAUCGCGCGCGUUUAUAUUAGAAAUUAGUUGAGAAAUUCGAUAUGUGCGAAGCAGCAAAUGUCAUGUCUCGCACUAAAUGAUAUAAAUACGUGACAGCAAUCUUUAUGGAGAAAGAGAAUCUUGGGUUUUUUUGGAAUACGUAAACACUGAACAAAAAAGUAUGAAAAAAAUGCGCAAAAUUUUUCUGUAGUCACUUAGAACCCAAAAUAUAUACAAGGCGACGUAGAAAAAUUAUAAAAUGUUAAAUAAUGGAGUUAAAAUAAUAUUAUGAAAGUUUCAUCGGUUUUUAAACACAAGUAUUUCCGCACGUAUACAAUUACUUUGAUAAAAACCGAUAAAACGUUUAUAACAAAAGAGAGAGAGAAAGAGAAGAAUAUAUCAUUAUAUUUCAAUAUAUUUUACAGGGAAAAAUGUGUGUAGCAGUGUAUCAUAAAAUUGUUAAGAUUUUUUCCUUUUUCUAAAUUCUAAUAUAACUAAUUUUUACAUCUAUAGUUUUUUGAAACAACGAUGGUUGAACAUAUAAUAAAUAUAAUUUUAUGCAUUUUUUGUGCAUAUCAUAUAAAGUUGAUCAAAAUUGAUUAAUUAAUUACUUAAUAAUUAAGUCAUAGCAUGAAAAAUUUUUCAAAUAUAUUUUGCUACAUAUAAUGGCAAAAUAUAUAUGGCAAUCUUAUAUAUAUUGUGCAUUAUAUACUUAAUAAUUAAUUUAACGAAAGGAGAAAAAAGAAAUGAGUGUCAAAUUAAUAGUAUAAUAGCGCCGAAACGUAAGUUUGUUAUAUUAUGUCGGCAUCUCGGCUUUGCAUAAACAUUUACGCCGUAACAGUAUUAUGCAAUUAUUGCAAAAUAGUUUUAUCAUGAUUAUUAUUAAAAUAUUGAAAUCGAUAGCCCGGUAUCUAGAAAGGACCAAAACGAUGGAAACUGUUAUUCUCGAUGAACAAUCGGGAAAUUGUUGGAUGAUUUACGCAAGACUUGCAUAUGACACAACAAGACAAUCCUAGUAACAUUUUACAGUCAAUAUUGCACAGAACAAUUGUAGCUAUAAGUGACAAAGCGAUACAUCGAUUUAAGAAUAACGCUUUGCUCUGAAUUUAUACAGAGCGUCCCGAAAAAUGAAGGAAUUAUUAUUUCUUGGAUGUGUCGUUACAUGUGGAUUCUUCCAGGUGUUCUUUCAGGUGUAAUUUAAUUAAUGGUUUAAAUUUUGAGGUACAUUUAAUAUAUAAAACUUUGAUAUAUUUAUCACUUAUAAUUUAAUAAUUUAGCAUAUACUGGUUUCUUAAUGUAACUUGUCAAAUUUAAAAUUCAUUUUUUAACAAAAAUGUCGAUUCUAUGUUUGGCA